AUGUACACGCGAAGCUCCGGUGCGCCUCCGUCUGAUGGCAUUACUGUAGGUUUCCAGGAGGGUUCUGAGGGGGCUCUUGUUAGGGUUAACUUCUCCUCUCUAUAUCUCCAGAUGCAGGAGGGUGGCUGGACUAGGGUGACUUAUCGCAAGAGUUCUUUGCUGCAAUGGGAUAUCUUCCCUUUUGGUGGCAGAAACCAGAAUCCCUCUACUCUGAGGAAGGAGAUCACUUCAAUGUUUGUUUCUGAGUUUCCUGAGGAGUCUUCUGCUAAAGACUUGUUUGAUUUGUUCGGGUGUAUUGGCAGCAUGGUGGAGGUCGCAAUUUCUCCGCGUAGGAACAGAGUCAGUAAAAGGUUUGGGUUCGCUCGGUUUGUGGAGGUGAGUGACGAGCGAUUGUUAGCAGUGCGACUGGACAACAUUAUUAUAGCUGGUAAGAAGAUUCGUGUUAAUUUACCUAGAUUUCAGUGGGGUGUCUUUGGGGGUGCUGGUAGGUUUGGAGGGUCUGUGAAUUCUAGAGAGAAGAAUUGGGGGGCUCCUAAGGGUGAGGAACAGUUGUGGUAUGAGUCUAGAAGGAAUGGUAAAUCGUAUGCAGCGGCGGUGGGUUCCGGUUUAGAGGUGUAUGGAAAGAAGGGGGAGACUAUCUAUUCAUUGAGCUUAAAUUCGUGCGAAGAGCGGAGGAAGAGAUUUGCUAAAGCUUUUGUUGGCAAAGUUUGUAUUCCAGACUCGGCGUUUAAUAUUCAAACUCACCUAGAAAUGGAGGGGGUUUUUGCGAUAAGAGUUUCACCAUUGGGAGGUAACUUGUGUUUGCUCGAGGAAAAUGAGGAGGGUUUUAUAGAGGAUUUGAUUAACGAAUGCGAAGGUUGGUGGCGAAGUUGGUUUUCGGAGAUUAAGAAGUGGGAGGAGGGGAUGGUGGAAGAUAGUAGAGAUAUGUGGAUUAGAAUUUACGGUAUUCCGGCGCUCGUGUGGCAUUCUGAUUUUUUCGUGGCUUUAGCAGAAUUGUGGGGGAGAUUUAUUUGUAUCGAUGAGAAUACGUCAAAAGGAGCAGCGUUUGCUAUGGCAAGGAUGAUGGUGAAUGUCCCAAUCUCAUUCAAAUUACCCGAUAGUGUUACUGUGAACAUAGAUGGGAAAUCUUUUGCGAUUUUCCUUAGGGAAGAUGCUAUGGGGCAGAUUCUGUUUAGUUCUAAUAAGCAAACGGUAGCCUCAUCCAGUAGCGAAUUCUCUGGAUCAAAAGGAGGUUGGUGUGAAGAUUUCGCCGGCACUGAAUGUUCGGAGGAAUCCAUUGAACAGUUCUCGAGUAAGGAUAUAACGGAAGCUGCUCUAGUUAAUAGCAAGGUUGUUGGGUUUGUGCAUAAUGGUGUGAAAUCGAAAUGA